AAAAUAAGUAUGGAUUAAUGGAUACCUCCCCUGCCAACCUUGUCUCUUCCCUGCUAUCAUCUUCUCUUUGCCCAUUUUUAAACAAGGUUUCAAAGUAGAGAGAGAGAGAGAGAGAGAGGUUACUUUUGCUCUCAUGCUUGGCGAAAACGAAGGACAAGCAGUCUAUUUGAAGUGAGUCUGUGACAGAACCUGGAUAGGCGAUAGAGGAAGCUCAAAACCUUUGGAAGUUUGUUCAGAUAGAGAACUUAUCCUCCCAUCAUUUUUAGCUAAAAUCAGAAAUGAGUCUUACUGUUUUUCUCUUCACUCUCUUUAUUUUCAUGUCGAAGGAAACUCGGGUCUGUGCAAACUCUGAGUUAAGAUCGCUCAUGGACGUGAAAGCUGCCUUGGACCCAGAGGACAAGUACCUCUCUUCAUGGACCAUUAAUGGCGAUCCAUGUGAUGGUUCCUUUGAGGGUGUAGCCUGCAACGUUAAGGGUCAAGUGGUUAAUAUUUCCUUGCAGGGAAAGGGUCUCCAUGGGAUGCUAUCUCCUCCUAUUGCUGGGUUAAAGCACUUGACAGGCCUUUACUUGCAUUAUAACUCUCUGUAUGGGGAGAUGCCCAGGGAAAUAGCUAACUUGACGCUGCUAAGUGACUUGUACUUGAAUAUGAAUAAUCUCUCCGGAGAAAUACCUCCUGAGAUCGGAAACAUGGAGAAUUUGCAAGUUUUGCAGCUUUGUUAUAACCAGUUUACCGGAAGCAUACCCAUCCAGCUGGGGUCUUUGAAGAAGCUUAAUGUGCUAGCUUUGCAAUCCAAUCAACUAACUGGUGCAAUCCCUGCCAGUUUGGGUGAUUUGGGGGUGUUAAUGAGACUAGCCUUAAGCUUUAAUUGCUUAUUUGGUUCAAUUCCCACCAAACUAGCCGAUGCUCCUCUGCUUGAAGUUCUGGAUGUCCGGAACAACUCUCUCUCUGGCAGUGUGCCUCUGGCUCUUAAGAGACUGAAUGAAGGAUUCUUAUACCAAAACAACCUGGGAUUAUGUGGGGCUGGUUUUAUGAAUUUGAAAGCUUGCAAUGUGUCGGAUCAUAUUAAUCCAAGCAGACCUGAACCCUUUGGACUAGUUUCGACUUCUCUGCCAACAAGGGAGAUUCCUGAAUCAGCAAAUUUGAUGUUGCCUUGCAACCAAACCCACUGCUCAAAUUCAUUGAGAUCUCAUCAGGCUUCGGUUGUUGUUGGCACUGUCAUCAUAAUCAUUGCAUUGUCUGCUAUAGGAAUUCUUACAUUUACUCAAUAUCGUCGCCGAAAACAGAAGCUUGGCAGCUCAUUUGAAAUUUCUGAUAGCCGUCUAAGUACAGAUCAGGCCAAGGUGUUUUACGGGAAGAAUGGCUUUUCUCUAAUCAGUCUUGAGUAUAAUGGAUGGGAUCCUUUAGCUGAUGGUAGGAAUUUUAGUGGGCAUGAGCAAGAUGUUUUCCAGAGCUUCAGGUUCAACUUGGAUGAGGUGGAGACUGCCACACAGUACUUCUCAGAGGUAAAUUUUUUGGGCAAGAGUAACUUUUCUGCAACAUACAAGGGAAUUUUGAGGGAUGGCUCCGUUGUUGCUAUCAAGAGCAUUAGUAAAACUAUCUGCAAGUCAGAAGAAGCUGAAUUCUUGAAGGGACUGAAUAUUUUGACCUCGCUGAGGCAUAAGAAUUUAGUGAGGUUGAGAGGAUUUUGUUGUUCAAGGGGCCGAGGGGAGUGCUUUCUUGUUUAUGAUUUUGUUCCCAAUGGCAAUUUGCUGCAGUGCCUUGAUGUGAAGGAUGGCGAUGGCCGUGUGCUCGAAUGGUCCACCAGAGUUUCAAUUGUAAGGGGGAUUGCCAAAGGUAUAGCCUAUUUGCAUGGAUACAAAGUGAAAAAACCUGCUUUGAUUCACCAAAACAUUACAGCUGAAAAGGUGCUCAUGGACCAGCGAUUCAAUCCAUUGCUUGCAGAUUCUGGCUUACAGAACCUUCUUACAAAUGAUGUUGUAUUCUCAGCACUCAAGGCCAGUGCAGCAAUGGGUUACCUAGCUCCUGAGUAUGCAACAACUGGCCGAUUCACAGACAAAAGUGAUGUGUAUGCAUUUGGGGUGAUUGUUUUCCAAGUUCUCACAGGGAAGCGAAAAGUUACUCACUUGACACGUCUAGGAGCUGAGUCCUCCAGAUUCCAAGAUUAUAUUGACCCCAAUCUUCAUGGGAGGUUCUUCGAAUGUGAAGCAGCUAAGCUUGCAAGAAUUGCUUGGCUUUGCACUCACGAGUCUCCUAUUGAAAGACCAUCUAUGGAAGCUGUUGUUCAAGAGCUGGGUAACUGUAGUAGCUGUCUCUAGUUUCCAUGAAAUUGUCUUGAACUGCAGGCAUGGCAAUUUUAAAAUGUCACUAACUGAACUUUAGGAUUCAUAGUUAUUUAUGUUGUGUUGUCCUCCUGCUGCUGAGGAUUAAGCUUUAUUGUGAAUGUCGUAGAAAACUUGUUUUCUUUUGUAGCGUGGACCUGGAUAUGGGAUAUUACAGGUGAUCUUCAGUUGUAAUCACCGGUGGUUCAUUCCCAUUAACAAAAGAGGUGUAACGAUCUUAUCUAUUCUCAUAUUGAACCUGUGAUUUUUCACCUCACGAUAAA